UCGAAUCGAUUCUUUGUUUGUAUUUUGCGAAGAAUGCUUUGCUGUUUUGAUCGUUUUACAACUUCUUUUUUUUUUUUUAAUUUCGCUUUGAUGUGCUUUGGGUUUUUUACUCUGCUUUUUUUUUAUUUAAAAAAAAGAAUGCUAUUUUUGGAAUGAAAUCGUGGGCAUUUUUUAUUUUUUUAGAAAUGAAGCUUAAUUAAAUAACGUUAAAAAGUGACGGAUCUGCCUAGAAAUAGUAAAAUGUUUCUCCAAAUUUAGUUUUUUUUUUCAUUGAUAUUGCGAUCAUUAUUGUAAACUCUCAGCAAAUGCAUAAAUUUUAAAUUUGAUAACUUUUUGAACUGAAAAUUUAUUAGUAAUGCAGGUAAAUUUGAAAGUUUUAGUAUUAACAUUAUAAGUUUAGAUCUUAGCAAGCUGGUCAAAUUCAUGUAGCUGGAAAAGUUCCAAGUUUUGAUCUUGUGCUUGAGUUUUUGAAUAAAAAUGGGCAAAUCCCGGGCGGGUAAAUAAAUAAACAAUUGUUUCAUUAAUGGAGGAAAAGCAAUGAAGAUGUCCUAGUUUGUGGCAUCGUUUUUUUUUUUUUUUUGGAAUUUUUGGUUCUAACUCUUAAUGGAAUAAGUAGUUAUAGAUUGUUAUAAGGAAAGCUGAAGAGUAAAAGAAAAUGGGGCCAUGUUUGUAAUGUUUCUUUGUUCUUCUUUUCUGUAUAUUACUUUAGCUAUUAAAACAGCUUUAAGUACUGAAAUUUGGCUGCUCUGCUGUUGACUAUAAGUGUAGGAAUUUCUUUGGUUGCAUUUUGGGACCCUAAAUUUGGAUUUGGAUAUCAAAUAUUUUGACUUACUUAAAAUUCUUGAAUUUGAAAAUAUUCAGUUUGGAUCUGAAAUUCAAGAUUUUAAUUGCAUUGGAUUUGCAAAAUACCAAUCUUGCAAAGUAAUUUGAAAUUUUAGAUUUUGCCCUUUCGAAAAUUCCAAAUGGAUCUGGCAUAAUUUCAGAUCCAACUUUUUUAAACCAAUCCCCAAUAAAUAAAUUUGAAUUUAAAUCCAAAUCCUACUCCUCUAAUACUGGUUCAAUGGAAAAUGUUAUGCAUCAUAUUCUGCCUUUAUUUCUGGUAAAGAGAACUUCGGUCACUCCCUUUAUUGCAAGAGGAAGCUUUGUUUGUGCUUUCUUUAACCUUCUCUUGUUAUCAAAUGAGUUGUUGAUACAGGUACAGCUACUGGUUCUUUGACACCAGAACGUAAUUUUUGCUCACAUGAAAUUGAGAAACAAAUACUCUGCUUGAUAAAUUGGACACUACAGUUAAAAAUGUCGUCUGGAAGCAAGGCUGAUAGGAAGGCAGCUCUGGAUGUGGCCUCAUGGUUUUUCAAUGUUGUCACAUCUGUGGGUAUAAUCAUGGUCAAUAAAGCCUUGAUGGCUACGCAUGGCUUCAGUUUUGCUACAACGUUAACGGGUUUGCAUUUUGCCACAACAACCUUGUUGACUGUUUUUCUUAGAUGGCUGGGCUAUAUUCAGGGCUCUUAUAUACCAUUACCCGAGCUUCUCAAAUUUGUCUUGUUUGCAAACUUCUCGAUUGUUGGAAUGAAUGUGAGUUUGAUGUGGAAUUCAGUGGGCUUUUAUCAGAUAGCAAAGCUGAGCAUGAUACCAGUAUCUUGCUUUCUGGAAGUUGUUUUCGACAAGGUCCGCUACUCAAGGGAUACGAAGCUUAGCAUAGUAGUAGUUCUCCUUGGAGUUGCAGUCUGUACUGUUACAGAUGUGAGUGUCAAUUUCAAGGGUUUUUUAGCUGCUGUAAUAGCAGUCUGGAGCACAGCCCUCCAGCAGUAUUAUGUACAUUUUCUUCAAAGGAAGCAUUCUUUAGGAUCAUUCGAUUUAUUGGGACAUACUGCUCCAGUACAAGCUGCAAGCCUGCUGUUAGUUGGUCCUUUUGUCGACUAUUGGUUAACAGAGAAAAAGGUUUAUGCCUAUGACUACACUGUGAUAUCAGUGUUUUUCAUAAUCCUGUCGUGCACCAUUGCAGUGGGGACCAACCUCAGCCAGUUCAUCUGCAUUGGCAGGUUUACGGCUGUAUCAUUCCAAGUGCUUGGCCAUAUGAAGACUAUUCUUGUCCUUAUCUUAGGGUUCAUUUUCUUUGGGAAAGAGGGUCUUAAUCUACACGUAAUUCUGGGCAUGGUCAUUGCAGUAGCAGGAAUGAUCUGGUAUGGUAAUGCCUCAUCCAAGCCAGGAGGGAAGGAGCGUCGGAUUUAUCCAGUUCCAAGCAACAAGUCGCAAAAACAGGAUGAGUUAUCAGAUUCCACCGAGACUGAUGAGAAGGUCUAAAAAACUCAGUCACAGGUUUAACAAAGUAAAAGGAAAAGAGAGAUAUAUAUAUAUAUAUAUAUAUAUAUAUAUAUAUUUAUAUAUGAGAGAGAGAAAGAGAGAGAGAGAGAGAGAACCAUUUUAAGUCAGCGGAUUCCAGGAACUUAUUUACACAGAGGAUCAAAAUUCCAAAUCACUAUAAUUUUUUUUUUCACACAUCAUGGUUAAUUAUUUUCAUGUCCUUGAAUUUAUUCAAGUGAAAGGAUGCUGUUGAGAGGGAGCAAAUUCCCUGCAGAAACAGCAUUUUUUACCCUCUAAUAAUACUUUUAAUAGGAAUUUAUUUCCUUGCAUUUCAAUCUUAUUUCCCUUCUUGGUGGUAAUGUAAAAGACCCAGGCUUGUAUCCUUUUGUCCAUUUGUCUAAUUAAUCAGGUAGCCAUA